AUGUCCUAAUCGUGAACUACUUACAGUGUCUACAGUGAUAUCAAUAUCCUUGCGCUCUUCUUACAUUCGGUGGCGCUUAGAUAAGAACGAUAAAAUUACUACAUAGAGUGUUUGUUGUGUUAUGAUAUGUGUUGUUUGUGUUUUCUUAAUCAUCUUCUUAAGGUAGGUAUGGAUUUCUUCUUUUUCAGGACGGUCGUUGACUUUUUGUUUCCCAUGAUGGUGAUUUCAAAUUGUCAACUUCAGCAUUUUGCAUCCCUAUAAAGGAUGGUAGCACAUGCAGCAUCUUCAGUAAUUGUUUGACUUCUUGAGGUGCGGAAUACAAACAUCCUGAAAAAGUAAGAAGUGUAAAUCUUCUUUUUGUUAUAAUUUUUUUAAGUGUUUAUUGGUGUUCCUUUUUGUUAUUUUUCUUUUAAAAUAUGUAUUUUUUUGUGUAGUGUCUGGAGAAGGAGAUUGCCCAAUAGGUUUGGAGAAGUUUUUGAAGUCUCUACAAGUUAUAGCGGCUUCUAUUCAUCACUCCAUAUUAGAAGUAGAUUGUUUUGAAGCAAUGGGGCGUCCGGGACGUCCGAAGCGAGGAGGAUAUAGAGAAAAAGUGGAUGUUAAAUCUCGAAAUGAGAAACUGCGCCAUUUGAAAAAGGAGAUGCAGGAAGAUUCGGCACAGAUGACGUCGAUGCUGAAUCUUGUUCUACGACCAGAUCGUCCUAGCUGCUGCUAUUGCGGGGGAUGUUCAAGUUUACCAAAGGCAUUGGAAUUGACAGAACCAUUAGAACCAAGGAAAAUUGUGGACACUAUGGUUUGGAUCGAUGAUGCACCGAAGUUUGUGUCGUCAUGCAAAAUUGAAGAUAAGCCUUUAGAUCUGUCAAUGAAGUCCUCCAUCGUGAAUAAAAUUUUUCAACCAAAAAUUUUCUUAAAGGAUGUUAAAUCACUUUUGGUUGAUCCAUUGUGGCUGGAUCCUGUUCUUCAACCACAGGCAGCACCUUCUUUUGAAACACAACCAAAACCUUAUUCGCAGCCAGGGCCUUCUUUUGAGUCGGGGCCAAGGCCUUCUUUUGGGCUACAAGCAGGACCUUCUUUUGAGACACAACUAAGACCUUAUUUUGAAUCGCAGCCAGGGCCUUCUUUUGAAUCGCAGCCAGGGCCUUCUUUUGGGAUACAAGCAGGAUCUUUUUUUGAAUCGCAGCCAAAGUCUUCUUUUGGGAUACAAUCAGGAUCUUCUUUUGAGAUACAAGCAGGACCUUCUUUUGAGUUGCAGUCAAGGCCUUCUUUUGGGAUACAAGCAGGACCUUCUUUUGAGUCGCAGUCAAGGCCUUCCUGGUAUAUGGAGCCUGAGGACGUGAAAGUGGUCUUGGAGGAAAAUCCGUUGCCGAAAUUGGUUCCAAAAAGAUUUGAAAUGUGUAUGUGCGGUCUGUGCAAUUUAUAA